GUGAGAGAGACUGCUGCAGAGGGACAGAGAUACAUACGCAGGAGGACCGUCACACACACACACACCAACCUCUGCGUGGAUAUUCCUUCUACUUCGUAUUUUGAUGAGCAGUGACUACCUAUGGUGUUUUGUUUUUCUCUUUUCUUGCUCCAUUCUUUCUUUUUCAACACUGGAUGACGGGAUAUUUAGGAAUAAUUAGCGGGUGAUAUUGAAGAACCCGAUAGACGAUGACAUUUGGGCAAUUUGUUCCUCUUUAGAGACAGCUUGGGUCCGACGCGGAGGACGUGCACUGCGCAGCUACAUGUCCUUCCGGAUUACGGCACUCCCGUCUAUUUAAUGUACCAUCAUGAAACGUGCUGGUAAAUAAUUUUCAACACUGCGUCCACUCGUUACAUGCCGUCAUCCCUCUUCGAGCCUCGAUCCAGAUGAGAGAUUCCCCCGGUGGACCUGAACCGCUUUUACGCAGACAGUCCCCGGAGCGCAGCGUCGCCGACGCCAGCGGUGAUCAUCACCGGAGAGGAGCGGAGAGACCGUCCGUUUCCAUACUCACUUCUUGUCCUCCAACGGAUCCCUUGCGUCAGGCUAAAAGGCUUCCUAUCCAGAUCGUAAAAAUGUUGACGGCGCACGGCGGACACUUGCUGCACCCGGAGUAUCUCCAGCCCCUCACAUCCGCCCCAGUCAGCAUUGAACUUGAUGCCAAGAAGAGUCCUUUGGCUCUGCUGGCCCAGACCUGCUCUCAAAUUGGCAAACCAGAUCCCCCCUCCUCUUCCAAGCUGGCCUCCCUCUCCUCAGGCAGUCUGGGAGACAAGGAAUCAUCAAGCCGAUCCUCCAAGUCUGGAGAGAAGCACCAGUCCCUGGAAGACAAGUCCAGCUUCAAGCCUUACUCCAAGUCAUUAGGCGACUGUCGUAAAGACGUUCUGGGGACAAAGGGGACUUCAGAUAAAGCAGCUUUCAGGGUGCCAAAUGGAAGCUCCAGCAGUGUCACUGCUUCAUGUCCAUCCUUUCCUCCCCAUUCCCAGUCACCCAGCUCCAGCCCUCCUCCCCUGCACACUCAGAGCCAGACCCACAGACAAAGCCAUUCCCCCUCCACGCAGCCCCCGUCACACUCCCAGGCCUCGCACAUGGACAGCAAAACUGGGAGCUCAGAGCAGUCCAGCUCGGACAGUAAUAACAACAGCGCUGGCAAAAAAGACUCAGAUGCAGCUAAGUCAGGGAUAGAUGGGGCUCAGUUAGCCAACUCCAGCCACAUACGGGCCAGUGCCAACUCCAGCAAUGCCAGCUCUGCCAGCAGCCCGCGGCCAGAGAGCAAAGCCGACUCACAGGUCUCCUCACAGCCUGGCUUGGGCUCCGGGCACAUCGCCCCCGUCUCCCCUUUUAAACCAGGACAUUCAGUCUUCCCUUUGCCUCCCGCUACCAUGGGCUACCACGGCUCCAUAGUGGGGGCCUACGCUGGCUACCCCUCCCAGUUUGUUCCCGGAUUGGAUCACACCAAGUCUGGUUUGGGGUUAGGACUUCCUGGGAAGCAUCCCAGUUCCAGCCCGCUCUCUGGAGCCUCACCUCCAUCCCUGAUGCAGGGCUUAUGUCGGGACCCGUAUUGUCUGACUUACCACAAUGCACCCCACCUAGGAGGAAGUAACUGCUCCACCUGCGUCCACGAUCCCUCCAGCCUCAAGUCUGGUUACCCUAUGGUUUACCCCUCCCACCACCUCCAUUCCCUGCACCCCAGCUCCUUGUCUACCAACACCGCCCCCACCCUGUCCCACCCCCUCUACACCUACGGUUUCAUGCUCCCCAACGAACCGCAGCCUCACGCCUGUAACUGGGUGUCUGUCGGAGGUCCCUGUGACAAGCGGUUCGCCACGUCAGAGGAGCUACUAGCCCACUUACGUACCCACACAGCCCUGCAUGGGAUGGUGGACAGCAAGCUGUUGUCGGCCUACCCCUCAUCGGUUUCAUCGACAGCCUCUUGUCACCUCCACCUGCCUCCACACAGCAGCGCGGGUACCCUGCCCAGCUCCUUCUCCCUCAGAGGCUCUCCUGGUUUGAGCCUGGCUCGCUACCACCCCUACAGCAAAUCCCACCUGCAAGGAGCACCAGGAUUUCCUAUGACCAACCUCCCCUCCUCGGCUUAUUACUCCCCCUAUGCACUCUACAGUCAGAGACUGGGCUCGGCCUCAGCCCUUGGAUACCAGUGAUAUCAGAAAUAGUGUUGGCGCUCCCACAGACUGCAGGCACCAGCUUGGACUCUCCAGAGCAUCCCCGAAGAUGGAUUCCUGACAUCGGGGUCAUCACCAAUACAGGGCAUCAUGCCUGAUGGCCUGCCUGCCAGGAAUAACACCUGUUAGCCCUAGGAUUGUGACUGGCGCUCUGAAGGCACAAGACCCCGUGAUGGAUUGUCUGUAGAACCAACAGUGAUGGCAGAGCUUGAAAAUAAUGGAAUUGUGGGAUUAUUACAACAGUCUUGAUUUUGGUUUUUAUUUAGUUUUUCUCUAAAUCUGUCUCCCAGAACUGAAAGUCUGUAUUUAUUUUUCACUCAAGCGCUUGGUAUUCAACUCUGAGGGGGGGGGGGUUUGCUGUCCGAAUAAAUUGUUCUGAAAUAUUCUAACUGAAAGAGAAUGAUAUAAGUAUAGUACCAUUCUGCCUAUCAUACACUCUAAAAAUAAAAACCUUGCACCACGAUGAAGAUGGACUGUGAAGCUUUAUUCUGGGGACCUCUUUUCAUCUUCUAUCCUCUCUUGUGUUGGUAUUUUUUUCUGCAUCUUAUUCAGACUCUGGAGAAUUUGCAUGUCCAUGAGAAUUUACCGUAUUUGUAAAUAUGCAAAGAUGUAAUAUUUUUUCAAGCUUACUUGGCAGCAAGUUGGGGUCACAGACGCAAAUGGUACAAAGAUUAGAAAAGAUGAUGGUGGCUGUGCUAUCCAACCAACAGGAAAAGGUCUUAUUUUGUUAAAUAAAUGAUACAUGAUUGCA